UUGGUAUAGUUCGUACAGAAAAUAAUACUGAUAUGGUUGACAACUGCAUUGUUUGGCAAGCAUAGCAUCAUAUAUCAAUACUUGCACGGAUUAACCCUUCUCUUUUUUUCUGUCAUUCUUCUCUUUCUAACUCUACUCUCUGUAAAAAAAAAAAAAAACACAGAAAAUUGACUGCAACAAAAACUUCACACGAGGUGCACCACUGCACCGCACACUUAGCCACGUGACCAUGUCCAUGCCUCCUUACCUUAACCCAUCACGUGACAAUACCCAGCCUCUCACGUGCGUGUUUAAACCAACUUCAUUUUACCUCCCUCCCUUACUCAACAUAAAUAAAUACCACACAACCACCCUUUCUUUCCACUCCUAGCAUUAACAAUUUCUCCCUCAAAGCAUUCAAUUUUCAAAACACUGCUUCUCCCUCGAGUUCAACAAUAAAAAAUCUUCAUUCAAUUAAUUAUUCUAUGGUAGUUAUUGUUCUUAUUUUUCCAUCAUGUUAGAGAGUGGUAGUGGUCGUGAUUCUGGAAUGAGCUUAGAAACAGUUAAUUCCACAACGCAACGAACUUCCAUGAGCAGCGGUAGUGAAAGCAUUUGCAGCACAAGUUUCAGCCGUCUCUCCUUCGACCUCCUUCCAAUUUCCUCACCGGAGAGUCUCUCUAUCAAACCUCAUCGCUCCUCCGAUUUCGCCUACACCGCCAUCAGAAAAUCCUCCCUCACCUUCCGCGACUUCCACCUUCUCCGCCGUAUAGGCUCUGGCGACAUCGGCACCGUUUACCUCUGUCGCCUCCGUGACUCCGACGACGACGACCCUGCCUCCUACUACGCUAUGAAGGUCGUUGACAAAGACGCUGUUGCAAUCAAGAAGAAAUCACAUAGAGCCGAAAUGGAGAGAAAGAUUCUGAAGAUGCUUGAUCAUCCUUUUCUCCCUAGUCUUUACGCAGAAUUUGAAGCUUCUCAUUUCUCUUGCAUUGUUAUGGAGUUUUGCUCCGGCGGAGAUUUACACUCUCUCCGUCACCGCCACCACCGUAACCGCUUCUCUCUCUCCUCCGCAAGGUUUUACGCGGCUGAAGUCUUGGUGGCAUUGGAAUACCUUCACAUGUUAGGAAUCAUCUACAGAGAUCUAAAGCCGGAAAAUGUGUUAGUCAGAUCAGACGGUCACAUCAUGCUCUCUGAUUUUGAUCUAUCUAUGUGUUCUCACGCAAUCCCAUCCGUUGAAUCAUCUCCAGAUUGUUUCCCCAAAGAUGAAGCACUUGAUGUAUCAUGCACCCGCCCGCAUUCCAACUUAACUCCAUUCGCGUGUCUCUCGAAGCGGCUUUUCCGGUCCAGAAAAGUGCAAACCUUUCAGUCGAACCGGCUUUUCGUAGCUGAACCGGUUGAGGCACGGUCUUGUUCAUUCGUUGGAACUCACGAAUACGUAUCCCCUGAAGUGGCCUCCGGGAAAUCCCACGGAAACGCAGUGGAUUGGUGGUCGUUUGGGAUUUUCAUCUAUGAGAUGGUGUACGGUAGAACACCGUUCGCGGGUCCAUCUAAUGAAGCUACGCUGCGUAACAUUAUAAAAAAACCUCUUAGUUUUCCUACAGCUACGCCUUCUAGUACGCUUGAAAUGCACGCGCGGAACCUCGUGUCUGGAUUGCUUAAUAAAGACCCGAACCGUAGACUCGGGUCGAAGCGAGGAGCUGCUGACGUCAAGAUGCAUCCGUUUUUCGUGGGGCUAAAUUUGGCGCUGAUACGGAUGGUUACUCCGCCGGAGGUUCCUGGAUUAAGAAGACACAAAACGACGCCGUUAUUCACCGUGAAAGAUAAUAACGGCAAAAGAAGUUGUAGUUCUAGUAGACAGCAACACACUACGUCGUCGUUUGAUUACUUUUGAGAAUUCGACGUGCCACGUGUCCAGUUGGUGCUUCGAGAUAAAAUAAUAAAAUUGGCGGGUGACGUAUAUAUUAAUGUUUAUAUUCAAGCUGCCCUUUCUUUUUUGUAUCCCUUUUUAAUGAAUAAAUAAAUAAAAUUAUUGUACAAUAAA